AAUUCUACAAGUGGUUCUAAUUUACUAUUGCUGUUCUCUAGCUGGUCUAAAACCACUUUUGACCUAAAGGGACGCUUUUUGGAUGCCAUGGACAUUUCUCAGUUUUCAGGCAGAAAGAACAGUAAAAAUGCAGGCAGGGCACAGGACAAAGCACUAGGGACAAAAUGUAUGUGAAAUGGUUUGAUACAUGAAUGACACUUUUUGACAUUUUUAAAUUUCCCGCCGUUCCGUCCCCGUACAUCCUGACGUCGCAGGGAACGGAAUCCGGAAGGCAGAUGCCGGCAUCGGCCGGAGGACAUGGCCGGGGACACUGCAGGGG